AUGUUGGACUUGGAUGCAGCAAAGAAACAGAUAACAGACCGACCAUGUGAAGAGAUACCAGGAUAUGGACAUUACAAAAAAGAGACCUCUGUUGGCCGCUCCAGGAUGUCCCGUCAGUCCACAAUGGACUGGAGUGGUAACGAGGGCGUUCAGACCAGGAAACUGAACGGUUCCUCAGUGGAGACACCGAGGCACCAGAACCUGCACCAGGAGCUGCUGCUCACCCAUAAACGGGGUCUGCUGCUUGAGGAGAAACCGGAGCUGAAACGAGUGCUGGAGCAGCGCAGACUGGAGCUGCACAAAGAAGAGGAGUUGGCACAGCGGCGGCCCUCCGAUCUGGAGACAGAGCUUCGCAAGAGGCAACAGAAGCUGAAAGAGUAUGAGCAGGAGGAGAUCAGACAGCGGGAGAAGCAGCAGAAGAUCCCAGAGUUUGUCCGUGUGAAGGACAACCUGAGGCGGACACAAACAUCUGAGCAGUGAGGCUCCCAUCAGCCCCCACUGCAUCUCGCCUUUGAGACCCCAUCUUCAUGUUCACUGUCUGACAAAAACAUCACAGAGAA